AUGCAAACAUCUUUGGAUGAGUGGCAACCACGCUCAACCGGUAUCGUCUACCAAGGCAUGGGUAUCAUUGCAGUGAAGACAUAUCUAGAUGCCGAUUGGGGAAGCAAUACCGAUGACAUACGCUCGGUUUCAGGAAUUAUGAUCAUGAUUACAAGUGCACCAGAGAGAACUUCUUUGAGCGCGUGUGAUGCAUUAGGCAUGGUCUCGAGCAAGUACAAGGCAUCCAAGCUUGAGAAGACUACCAAGGAGCAACCGCUUUAG